CCCGCCCCCAGGAACGAGGCUGCGCGCGCCGCGGCAGGUGCGGGCGGGCAGGUGCGGCGCGACGGGCAACUGCGCCCUGCAGAGACAGCCUGUGGGCACAGCCUUCUUCUCCCUGCUGCUUCUGCCAUGGGCACGAGUGGAUGGCCCAUUCACCAUGAACUGUGACCCCCGCCCCGGCAUUCCUAGGUGGUCCUGUGUCCCUCGCUGAGGAUCUGACAGCCUGGUUGCUUCCUCAUAUCUGAUGUGCUUAAUCCUCAUGGAGCUACAUCCGUAACCAUGGUGACGCGGGUCGAAGUUGGCUCUAUUGCAUCCCUGAGGGCGGGGCCUGGCCUCGGUGACAUCGGCAGCGAGAAAGCCCUGAAGAGAACAUACUUUGGCCAGACUGGGGAUGCCCCUGGGGCCCCCUCUACUAGAGUCCUGAGUACAGAAAGCCCCCUACGGACCCACCUGUUCCCUCUGCCCCUUGCUCCCAAGCCUUUCCUUAAGGAGCAGGUCCUCGAGAAAAAGACUCCUGUCGCAUCUUUGUGGGCUGGUGCCACCCAGUCCUGUCCUUCAGCUGAGAUCAACAUGAGAGAGGCUAAAGAAGAUGUGGCUAAAAGGAUGCCGGGCUUAGCCGGACAGGAGGCAGGCAGAGGAGAGCCCCUGCCAAAUGGCCCGUCUGUAUCUAACAAGGCCACCUUCCUGAGGCCUGGCCCCAGCACUGUGGGCCUCUUGGAAACGAACAAACCUGGACCCAACCCGGGCAAAGGAACUAGUGAGGGGAGCCGGGAGGCCAGCUCCCGCAUAGCCCAGGCAUCUCCCUUAAGUGCCAGGCCUGAGGUGGCCACCAAGCCUGCCCUCCCAGCUCGAAAGCCCCCAGUGAUUCUGCCCCGACCCACCUCCCUGUCAAAGGAUGCUGGAUCUGACGUGUCCCAGAAGUUGGCAGGCCAAGCCCAACCUUUGCCAAAGGCCCACAGUGUGGAGGACCCUGCUGGCCGGGCUCCAGAGGCCAAGUCCCAUCCGAAGAGACGUCCCAUGUCAGCAGUGUUCAGCGAGUACCAGCCGCCCCCAAAGCCAGGUCCAAGUGGAGUGGCAGUCACAGGCAAGGUCCCCCCUGUUCCUCCGGAGAAGACGUGGGUGAGGAAACCCAGGCCUCUGUCUGUGGACCUGACUGCUGUGUUUGAGAGUAGAGAGAUGCUGCUGAGGAAGGUGCCUGGUGGGCAGAAUCCAGUAGAGAGCCAGGGCCCAGAGAAGGCCUGCGUGCAGCCCAAGGGCAAUGCAGAGGGCCCUGUCCGCAUGGAGGUCACCCCUCAGGACCCUGACUCAGACUUCCAGGAGGUGGCCAAGAUGCUCCAUGUGCGGAGGGAGAGGACAAUUCUUAAACAGACAGAUACAGACAGGUCUAGGAUUCCCCAGGAUGAGGAAAGGCCAGACCAACAGUCAGAGAAGGAGCUGGGGUCCCCUUUGCCCAGGCCAGGAAGAGGCCUGGGACUGGCUGAGGUCAAGGGUGGAGGGUCUGAGCAGGAGGCUCCUGCAGGGACAGAGAAGUCUGCAGGGACCAUCAGGAAGCGUUUCAGCCUGUUUGAGGAAGACACUGCUGUGGCCUUGGUGGUGGUGUCCGAGCCCUCUCCUAGUUCCCCUGCAUCCCCAUCCACAGUGCCAGAGUCGGAGAGAACUGGUGUGAAUGUUCAGGCUCGGAUCAAAGGCUGGACUGUGGAGAGCACAGGGGCGAAGCCGGAGGUCAGGAGAAGGACAUCUCAGGCGCGGCCGUUGUCUGUGGAUUUGACCAAACCGUUCUCACGAUCACCUUCCGGCAGUGAGGUCGGGUAUGAGAAAUGUGCUCUGCUGGGUGGCGAGCUCACUGGGGAGAGGAGAGAAAAGCGUACGGAAGGAUAUGGUUUGGAUGGAAUCCCCACCACAAAAAGUUCCUGGAAGUCUGGGGUUCCCCAGAAGACUAGGCAGACGGAACCCAAAGAUGCCUCUGGCCAGGACCCUGACAAGUAUCAGCGUAAAUACUCACCAGGAGAUCCAGGCCCUUCUGAAGUCAGUCCAGAAGAUGAUGGAAGCUUCCAGAAGGUGUGGGCCACGAUGUUUGAGCAUCAUGUAGAGAGACACACAGUGGUUGACCAGGCAGGCCAUUGUCUCUCACCUACAUCCCCUCAUGAUGUGGCUGACAUCCCAGAUCCCAAACCCAGGCCUGAGAAAGGCUAUUGGCUAGGAAGGGACCCUCCCGGAGUAAUGAACAAGAGAGACAGCUCUAGGUGGUCCAGCCAUGCUGACCCAGGGAUGCUGGGACAAGCUGUCCUUGUGGAUGUAGAGCCAAUACAGUAUCCCACAUCUGUCCCUGAGACACAGGCCAUGGGAGAAGGGCACAGCAGUCAUACUGUCCUGACACAUCAGGAAAGUUCCCCUGUGUCCCAGAGGAUCCAGCCCAAGUAUGACAUUGUGCAUGCCACAGGGGAGCGAGCUCACAGUGAAGCAGUCUCCAGGGUGCCCGAGGAGAAGGCGGUGACACUACGCAGUGGCAGAUCCCGGCUCUCACUGCAGGGUCGGCAGCUGUCCCAGGAGGUCAGCCCUGCUCACCUGGAAUGUGCUCUGCAGGCUCAUGGAGGUGCUGGCCAGAGGGCAAGUUCAUUAUGGGCAGCUCGGGGUCAGGAGGCCAAACAGCCACAGGAUGGACUUGGGGGCAGUUUCCCACCCUCCAAAUGGACAGGAGGGGUCGUGACAAGCUGGCAGAGCGCCUCUGUGGUCGGCAGAGAUCUCGAUGGACCCAAAAUAGGUCCAUCUUGGGAUAGCUCUUCAAAUCCUCCAUCCAGGGCCACCGCUGAACCCCGUGACUCCCUAGUACAGGAAAGACUGAACUCCUUGUCUCUGCAGAAAGGUCCCCUUGAAGUAGCCAGUGAGGAUAACCCAAGGCUGGCCCAGCCUGAAGUCAGAAUGCGUAGAUCCAACCCUUCAGAACCAAGGAUGGACAGGUGGAGGCGGCGGACUCUGCCACACGAUGUGAAGUUUGAUGCGUUCAGCCUCCUCACGCCAGAGAACACUUCCAAAGAGCAACAGAGACCUGCAGAUGAUGUGACCUCCUCAACCUGUGCCUUAAAGAGACCUCCAUUGUCCCACCACCAGGCACAAACUCGGGAACUGACGCCAGGAGCCUCACAAAGUAGGACUUGCCCCGUGGAGAAGCCUGGACUGUCUGCUGAACCCAGUGCGACUUUCUUUGCGGUGACUUACCAGAUUCCCGAUAUUCAAAAGGCCAAGAGUGUUGUUAAACCAGGGCCUGAAAAUGUGUCGGAACCUCCUAGAAGGACGACUCCCCCUCUGUCACCUCGCUCUUUUACGUCUACUUUGGCUUCUCCUAGCCAUGAAGAGCCACGGGCUCCUGCCAGCAGUAAGGGCUGGGCCAAGGGCAGAGAACAUGAAGAAGGAAAGGGUCUUCCAAAACACGCGAAGGCCACAGAGCAGCCAUCAUCUGCUGGGGACAGGAUUCUGGAUCCUUCCAGGGACAGAGUUAUUGAUGUGGAUGCUCUGGGGAUUCAUCGAGGGUCAGAGGAUGAAACUGUGAAGGACAGCAGGACCAGGGCAUCUUCAGGCGUGGGUGCCCCACAAAUCUCCCCGGUCCUGAGGCGCCCCAAAAGUCUCCUGGUCAGAAGGAGGACAGAGGUGAUCAGCGAGACAUUCCCAGGGAAGGUGAGAGAUGGCUACAGGUCUGGCGUCCUCGACAUUGAUGCUCUGAUGGCCGAGUAUAAAGAGCAAUCAAGCAGAAACCUCAGCAAGGCUCAGGAGCAGAGGGGCAGUUCUCCAGCCGAGCCCAGUGGCUCCCCUCAGGAGAGGUCAGGUUGGCCCAAGGAGGUGGAAUGGAGACGGAGGAGCCUGAAUGAAGCUCCCUGGUCAGACAGUGUUGGAAAAAAAGCGGGGACCUCUGUGAAAACUCCCCAGUCCCCUGGCCCAAGCAAGCAGCCAGCAGAGCCCCUAGGGGCAGCCAUGACCACCAAGUCUGGCCUGCCACUGUGGGCACCACCACACUCAGCUUCUGGGGAAAACUGUUCCUCACUCUCCCCUGUUCCUGCUGGUUCCAGGAAAAAAUCCCCAGGCAUUGCUGAGUUGGAAAGCAAGCCCUCCCCCAGUGAGCACCUGGAGGCAAAGAAUAGGCAAGGCCCAGCCAAGUCCCAGGAACCAGACAGCGAGGACAGAAUCUCCCCCAGGACACCUCCCUCUGACCAGAAGAAAGGGACGCCAAAGAAGUUCACGAGUCAGGGAGCGGAGGGUGAUGGAGUGCGGUGGGGAACCCCCCCACGUGACUAUACGUCACCAGCCUCACCACUGGACAUCAAGAGGGCCUGCUCAGAGAAGGGCCCACCAGCCAGGGUCCGGGAGGGCCUGUCGGUCAUGCAGGACGCCAGGCAGCGGAGAGGGAAGCCGAGUCUCCCUGCUGAGACACCCAAGGUCACAACGGGACCCUGCCAGAAGGAGGCAAGGAAGCCAGACGGUCCUAAGAUGCCUCCGCAGAACCUGGAGCAGGACGGCCAGCAGCCUGUCCGGCAGGUGUCCCCCGCUGCCUCUGUCCCCAGGCGAAGUCACAGCUUUUGCAAGGACAAGAAGAGUGGACCCUUUGUGAACCAGCUGAAGCAGUGCUUCUCCAGGAGAGCACCUGAAACCAAGGAUACUGACACCCUUGUUCACGAAGCCGACAGCCAGUAUGGAACCUGGGCAGAUCAACACCAGAAUGGAGGCAGUUUUGGCCCCGAGUCCCCGUCGUCCCCGGACAGCAGUGCUGCAUCUGCGGGGAAGCAGCCACCCAGCAGCCACUUGUCCUCGUACACGGAGUCCACAUCAGUGGAGCAGCAUGACAGCUCCAGGGACCGGCGCAGCUCCAGCGUGGACCGCUCCAGUUCUGAGCUGGAAUCCACAGAUGGCCCAGAGGGGCCACCCCCACCAGACGCUUGCCCAGCAGAAAGAGAGGACGAUUUUUCCUUCAUCCAUCAAACUUCAGUCCUCGACUCAAGUGCCCUAAAGACCCGGGUGCAGCUGAGUAAGCGAAGCCGGCGCCGGGCUCCCAUCUCCCACUCCCUCCGGCGCAGUCAGUUCAGUGAGUCAGAGAGCCGGUCUCCUUGGUCGCCUUUGGAAGAGGAGUCACACAGCACGUGGAUGUUCAAGGACUCAACAGAAGAGAAGUCACCCAGGAGGGAUGAGUCGGAUGAGGAGCCGCCCAAGGUGGAGAGGACCCCUGUCAGCCAUUCCCAGAGGAUGCCCAUGUUCCCACGCAUGGACCCAGCUGUGCUGAAGGCUCAGCUGCACAAGAGACCAGAAGUGGACAGUCCUGGCGAGUCCCUCAGCUGGGCGCCCCAGCCCAAGACCUCUAGGUCACCCUUCCAGCCUGGGGUGCUGGGCAGUCGGGUGUUGCCUUCCAGCACAGAGAAAGAUGAGAGGUCAGAGGAGUCCUCGCCCCAGUGGUUAAAGGAUCUUAAAUCCAAGAAAAGGCAGAGCCUGUAUGACAAUCAAGCUUGACCA